CUACAAAACAACUCCACUUUCUCGUUUUUUUUGUUCUCUCUUCUGUUUCAGCUGUUUUGUUCCCCACCGCUGCAAAGAUGCAGAUCUUCGUGAAAACCCUAACGGGGAAGACGAUAACCCUCGAGGUAGAGUCCUCCGACACCAUCGACAACGUCAAGGCCAAGAUCCAAGACAAGGAAGGCAUCCCUCCGGACCAGCAGCGUCUCAUUUUCGCCGGCAAACAGCUCGAAGACGGACGCACGCUCGCCGACUACAACAUCCAGAAGGAGUCGACGCUUCACCUCGUCCUCCGUCUGAGAGGAGGAGCGAAGAAGAGGAAGAAGAAGACGUACACGAAGCCGAAGAAGAUCAAGCACAAGCACAAGAAGGUGAAGCUCGCGGUGCUCCAGUUCUACAAGGUCGAUGGUUCCGGCAAGGUGCAGAGGCUGAGGAAGGAGUGCCCUAACGCGACUUGCGGUGCGGGGACUUUCAUGGCGAGUCAUUUUGAUCGUCAUUACUGUGGUAAGUGUGGGCUUACUUAUGUUUACCAGAAGGAGGGUGCCGAGGCUUGAUCACUGUCUCUUUUCUCUAUCUUUUAAGAACUGGUUUUAGUUUUGGUAUGGUAAUUUCAUAAAGGUUCUUGUAAUGGAUUCGAUGUUGAACAUGUUUUGUUUCUGGAUUUCUUAUCUGGAUUGAUGAAAGUUAUUACAUUUUUA